CUUCAACUGUGUGUAUAUGAGAGAGAUAUCAGGGUCACAAAUGCGCGUGUUCCAUAAGCCAUAUACAUUUUCUUCUUCGCCCUAAACACGUUCUUCACGAACCCUAAUUAGAUCUUCUUUUUCUUCACAAAACCCUCAAUUUCACACACCAUUUAACACAAUUCACGCUUAUUUAGAUCUGAGCAAAGAAAGAGGACCUAUAAUUUCAGCAGGCCCUAUGAAAAGAUCAUCAUAUCUUUCUUGAAAUUUCUCUUCACAUUGCAUGAUUACAUACUGUUUCCUCCAACUUCCCAGGAUUUCAUCCAUAGUUUAGCCGAUCUGAUCACCAAUUCUACCAUUACUGUCGUAGUGCAUCACUACUCGAAGAUUCGCUAGCUUAUUUAGCUGUAUCACUCGUUAAUUAUGUUAGAUCUGGAAUGAGCUAGCAAAUUUGUCCUUUUAUUAUAGCAAUCAUCAUAUAGAUAAGGAUAGGUAGGUAGUUUUUGGUUACACUAUAUAUAUCAAGGAAAUAAUACACUAUUAUUAAUGUAUAUGGCAAUGCCAUCGGGGAACGUGAUAAUUCCAGAUAAAAUGCAGUUUCCAACCGGCGGUGCGGUUGGGCCUGCCGCUGCCGGCGGGGUUGGGUGGUAUCCAGACGAAAGAGAUAGUUUCAUUUCGUGGAUGAGAGGGGAAUUUGCUGCUGCCAAUGCGAUUAUUGAUUCCUUGUGUCACCAUUUGAAGAGUGUUGGUGAACCAGGGGAGUACGAUGGGGUUAUAGGAUCUAUACAGCAGCGGAGAUGUAAUUGGAACCCUGUUCUUCAUAUGCAGCAAUACUUUUCGGUGGCUGAGGUGUUUAACGCAUUGCAACAGGUGACAUGGAAGCGGCAACAGCAACAGCAACAGCAACAUCGUGGUGGUGGGUUUUAUGAUCCGGUGAAGGUUGUGGGACAGGGAAAGGAUUAUAAGAGAUCUGGUAGUGUUGCGUCUAGGCAAAACAGGGUUGAAAUUGCUGUGAAAGAUACUCAGAAUUCUACUGUAGAAUUCAAUACUCCUGGAAAUGUUGCAAAUGGAUCCGGAAAUUUGAUGGGGAUUGAAGUUCCUAAAUCAGAUCACAAAGAUGUUGCACUUGCAAAGUAUAACGAUGGUUUAAGCACAAAGCCUCAGGUAGACAACAAUAGUAAGAGCCUGGAAUCACUGUCAACUUUAUCUGAGAGUUUAGAAUCUGAGUCAAAGGAAGUCAACGAGAAUCCAAACUCAAAAGGAUGUACUAAUGAACAUUUGGAGAAACCAAAUAUUAUUGCAAAAACUAUUAUUGGCUCUGAGAUACUCGAUGGCAAAACGGUUAAUGUGGUUGAAGGAAUGAAAUUAUAUGAAGAUUUAUUCGAUGAUUCUGGAGUUAAAAAAAUGGUCAGUUUAGUAAAUGAUCUAAGAGCUGCAGGAAGAAGGGGACAAUUUCAAGGAAAUACAUUUAUUAUCUCAAAAAGACCAAUGAAAGGUCAUGGAAGAGAGACAAUUCAAUUCGGUUUUCCCAUUGUUGAUGAAGAAACCAUCACAGGAACUUCAAAAGAUCGAAAAAUUGAACCGAUUCCAAGUUUAUUUCAAGAUUUCAUCGAACGAUUAAUGGCCACGCAAAUUCUCACAGUGAAACCAGACUCCUGCAUUAUUGAUAUCUACAAUGAGGGUGAUCAUUCGCAGCCUCAUAUGUGGCCACAAUGGUAUGGAAGGCCUGUAUGUGUUUUGCUGUUGACAGAAUGUGAGAUGACUUUUGGAAGAGUAAUUGGAACAGAUCAUCAUGGUGAUUACAGAGGUUCCGUUAAGCUCUCUCUUGCUCCAGGAUCAAUGCUUGUAAUGGAAGGAAAAUCUGCAGAUUAUGCUAAGCAUGCAAUACCCUCCAUCCGAAAACAAAGAAUACUUGUAACUUUGACCAAGUCAACACCAAAGCAGUGGGCCCCUCACCCUCACCCCCCAAAGCACCAUGUCCAGGUGGCAACAACCCCGCCGCUCCCUCUCCCUGUCCCUGUCCGUCCAAAUGGCAUCCACCCCAUUUUUGUUGCUCCGGCGAUGGCUUUUCCGGCACCACCACCACCACCCAUGGUUCUGCCGCCUCCAUCUGCCACCACUGCAGGAUGGGCGGCAGCAGCAGCGGCACCUCCUCUGAGACAGGUGGCUCCACCACGGUUACCGGUGCCGGGCACCGGAGUGUUCCUUCCUCCGGGAAAACAUGAUGAUGAGAACAACAACAACUCCUCCACGUCACCAAAAGAGAAAGUGGAUGAAAAUGAUGGAAAGACAGAAACAUAAUGAUUUAUGAUGUAACCAAAGUUUAGAGAGAGAAAGAAAGAGAGAGAAAUAGAGAAAGAGAGAGAAAGAGAGAAAGAGGAAUUCCUCGUUAGGCUGAAAAGUACACAAACAUGAACAUGAACACCAACACCAACUCUUGAUUUAGCUCAAUUUACACGGAGUUGUUUUAGUUGUUAAUUGUUAUGCUUUUGUUUCAA